AUGACCUCAAAACCCUUCCCAACAACCCCCCUCGCCCGCCUCACCGACCACAACGGCCCCGUGCACGCCGUCACAUUCUCCGCCGGCACAGGCCAAUACAUCCUCACGGGCUGCCAAGAUCGCUCCGUCCGCCUCUUCAACCCAUCGACCUCGCGCCUAAUCCAAACCUACUCGGCCCACGGCUACGAAGUCCUCGACCUCUCCGUCUCCGCCGACAACGCGCGCUUCGCCUCCGUCGGGGGCGAUAAAGCAGUCUUCCUCUGGGAUGUCGCGACGGCGCAGACGCUUCGAAGGUUUAAUGGGCAUGCGGCGCGGGUGAACGCCGUGCGGUUCGGCGGGGAAGGGGAUUCCAUUCUCGUGAGCGGGAGUUAUGACGGGACGGUCAAGGUGUGGGACUUGAAGGCGAGGAACGACAAUCGGCCGAUCAUGACGUUCUCCGAGGCGAAGGAUAGCGUGUCGUCCGUGGAAGUUCUGGGGAGUGAGAUUUUCGUCGGGAGUGUGGAUGGGCGGGUGAGGGUGUAUGAUUUGGGGGCUGGGAGGGUGGAUUGUGAUGUUGUGGCGCCUGGGAAGGGGGUUACGAGUGUGAUGCCUACGAGGGCGGGGGAUGGGUAUCUGGUUAGUUCGUUGGGGAGUGAGGUGCGGUUUAUGGAUCGGGGGACGGGGAAGUGUUUGCAGAGCUUUGAGGGGGGUGAGGCGGGUUUCGUGAAUGAGGAGUAUAGGGUGAGGAGUAUGUUGGCCGUGGGGGAUGCGUAUGCUGUUAGUGGGAGUGAGGAUGGGAGGGUGGUGGUGUGGGAUGUGCUGACGGGGGCUGUGGUGCAGCGGUUGUGGCAUGUCAGGGAGGGAGGGCAGGGGGCGGAGGUGCAGGCGAGUAAGAGGAAUGUUGUGAGUGCUGUGGCGUGGAAUCAGUUGAAGAAGCAGUGGGCUAGUGCUGGAGGUGACGGGAGUGUGGUGGUUUGGGGGAUGGCUGCGUGA